GGGUGCAGUCACACUAGCUGUUGAGCAGCCCCUAGCCUAGCUAGAUGUACGUGUGUGUGCGGACUUGUCCCUCUUGCUGAACGUGUGUUUGCGUUUAUGGGGACUGGGGGUUAAGACCCUCUUCUUAUAGGGUUAUUGUUUUUGUGGACUAGGGAUUUGAGACCCUCGUCACGUCACGCUGAGGGGGUUGUCUGUCCGUGUGUGGAGGGGGUUAUUCUGUGUGUGUGUGUGUGUGUGGGGGACCUAGCUCCAAGCUGGCGGAUCGGGAGGACUCAGAUUGCUCGGAUCAGAUGAUCCAUCUUCAGCUGACCAUCUCAGGGGAUUGGCCAGCACCCUGUGACUCCCAGCGGGUGGAGAUGCCCAGGAGAGAGAUCGAGGUGGUGAAGGGUCAGAUGGUAGUCCUACAGGCCUGGUACAGCCCCACAUCUGAUAUUGGUAGGAACAGCGUCAUCUGGAACUUCAUGGCAAAUGACUCCAAGCAGGUCAUCUCCUACAGUAACGGUGAGCCAGGGAUAGGUAGUCCUGAGUUCAGGAAGCGUGUUGGGUUCAGCCUGUCCAUGCCCUCGUCCAAUCUCUCCAUCUACAUCAACAACACCCAGGAGUCAGACUCGGGACGAUACCUCUGCAAUGUCAUCAUCCCUGGAGCCGCCGGACUCUCUGGAGAAAUGCGCCUCAAUGUCAAAGUCCCUCCCUCGCCUCCAGUGUGCACGAUGACUGGGUCAUCUGUGCUGAAUGGCAAUGUGACACUAAGCUGUAAGUCCAGUUUGGGCGAACCCAUCCCUCAUUACAAAUGGACCAAGAAUGCCCCCAUGUCAGAGGUCUUCUUUUCCCCCAUGCAGAAUGAGAGGCAAGGUACCCUAAGGUUGAGUAACCUCACUAAGAGCAUGUCAGGGAAAUAUGUGUGCCGAGCUAGCAACACUGCCGGUUCUGACACUUGCUCUGUCAACCUGGAGGUCUUCACCUCCUCUAAUUCUGGAGUGAUUGCUGCUGCUACUCUGGGGUCCAUCGUGGGACUGGUAGCCAUCAUACUCUUCCUCAUCUUCAUGCUGAGGAGGAGAGACCACGAAGAGGAGAUAGCCAAUGAUAUCAAGGAGGAUGCCCAGGCACCCAAGCGUGUUUCCUGGGCAAAGAGUGGCACAGGCUCAGACAUCAUCUCCAAAAAUGGCACGCUGUCAUCCAUAGCCACAAGCCCCCAUCCGGGAGACCCCCAGCAGCUCAAAAACUUCCCCUACCCCACUGCACCGGCCUCUGACACGGGCUCUGUGCUCAACGCCUACCGCCUUCGGCCUGGAGAGCUCAACCCCCUGCAGGGCCUCCCAGGGUACAUCAGUGGCACACUUCCACCCAGGCACACCAGACCCCUCUGUGUUGCUAACAACAUUGAUGCCACCUAUCCACAAGGGCACAGUCGUUCUAAUCACAUCAGUGGGACUCCACCCCCUGGCCACACCCGGCUCCUCAGCACUAGUAUCAUUGUUGACACUCCUCCCCAUGGGUUCAGUCAACCACCCAGUUUUAACCAUGUUGGUGUCACCUCUCCACAUGGGUACAGCAGACCCCAUAGUUCUAACAACAUUGGUGCCCCCUCCCCCCAGGGGCACAGUCAACCCCCAAGUUCUAACAAUAUCGGCGCCCUCUCUCCACAUGGGCACAGCAGACCACCAAGCUUGAACCACAUCAGUGGCAGCUCUCCACACAGGCACAGCCGACCCCCCAGCAUCAGUAGCAUGCCUCACUAUGGACACAGCAGAUCCUCCAGUUCUAACGGUGCCCCACCUGGAUCCCAUUCCCCACCUGGCCACAUGGUCACAGACCCCGACAAGACUGAGGGGGCCCAGCCCAAGGUACCACGCCCUCUCACCUCGCCCAUCAGCUCCACCACCCUGGCCCGUAUGGGGGCUGUGCCCGUCAUGGUGCCCGCUCAGAGCCAGGCUGGAUCACUGGUAUAGCCCACUGGAGGGUCUCCCGUUUUACUACUGAACACAAACGGAUAAAGACUUCCUCAAAGGAAGAUUGCAUAGAGUAGAGAAGGAUUUGCUUGGAAUUAAAAACACUUUUUUAUUGUGAUUGUUCAAAAUGAUGUUCGGAGUAGAAAGAAGAGCUGAAGAAGACACUUGUGGAAUCUCCUGUAUUCAAGUCUGCACAAGUUCAAAGACUUAAUUGAUUUGUUUUUAUUAUUUUAGCUGUUUUCAAAUAUUUUUUGCUAAAUAAAUGUUUUUGCUUUUA